UUUGCUAUCCACAUUUUAUAUUGAUAAUAAGAUUUUGAGCUUUUACGUAUAAUAUACCAAGCUCAAAGCUGCUAUUAUUUUAAAGUAGCGUUUUUUCCGAUAAAAUUUGAUAUUUCGCAAAUACAAGAUGUGCAGAGCAACGUAUCGCUCGCAAAUAUAUAUGCAAUAUCGUAUAGCGAGACUCGUCUAGUGCCAUUACUCUAUUACAUUCUACAGAUUAACUUUUGAAGAAGAAACAUAUUGUGUCACAGUAGUUAAUAUAUGUAUUAUAACUGUUAAGAAAAUACAUAUAUAAACUGACAAAAUUAUAAAGAUUCCAUACAAUUUUCGAAAAAAAAAAUUUUAAAUAAUGUGACAUACGUCCAAAUAUUAUGAAAAUGUCUUUGCAACAAUGGAUGAAUAUAAGAUAUAACAUUGAUAUACCAUGGAAAACAUUCGUCAGGGAAUCCUCCAAUGUCCAGGAUAAAUCUCCGGAAAAAUGUAUUCAUCAAUUGGCCUUCCAAGGAAAUGAAGCAAAGGCUGCCUAUGAAGAAGUUAUUCAUCAAAUUAGCAAUAGCAAUGUUGGGACAACAGGAUCAAAAUACUUAAAAUCGAAAACUGUUGGAAACCAAAGCAACUCUGACACAAAUCAAGUUUCUAUUAACAUACAAUCAAGAAAAACUAUAGUUCCUGAAGAUAUUUUGGCAAAAGUCACAAUCAAUACAUUGUUAAAAGCAGUAGAACAAAAGGAUUUAAAGUUCUUACAAAAACAUAUGACAUCAGAAAAUGUAAAUGUAUGCGACGACUUUGGUUGGACUCCAUUAAUGUCUGCUGCUUACUGCGGUCAUUUGGAAAUUGUACAGUUUUUGCUAAAACUUGGAGCUAAUAGAAGAAUUAGGGAUAGAUCUGGUCUUACUGCAGCCCAAUUAGCUUUGAAAAGAAAUUAUUUAAGUAUAGUUGCGCUAUUAAAAAAGAAAUCUGAAUCAAUGUGUAAUAAUAAUCAAUCAUUGAUAAAUGUUCCGAAAAUAAAUAAUACAAGUGCUUCACCAAUGAAAUCAAUGUCUAUGGAAUCUUCAGAGCAUGAUAAAGAUGUUUACAUUAAAGAAAAGAUGAAAUUACAGCACAAUCCAAUAUUUUACUGUGAUGUUUGUAAAGCAACCUUUCAAGAAACAACACUACAAAAACAUGAAAGUUCUACUUUGCACAUCUUUAAUACAAAGCCAAAAUUAAAACACACAAUAUAUGGAAUAUCAAAACAAAAUAAGGGAUAUAGAAUGCUUUUGAAUUCUGGAUGGGAUGAAGAAGCUGGUCUUGGACCUUCUGGGAAAGGAAUAAAAUAUCCAAUUAAAACAUGUUUGAAAACGGAUCGUAAAGGAUUGGGACAAUCAGUGGAAAGUGAAUAUAAAGUUACCCAUUUUAAACUGGAUGAUACAACUGCCAUUAGUAACAUUAAAGUACCUAAACAGAAACCUUUGAAAAAAAGAGACAGGGAAAGAUUACUUCACAGAGAAGCUAGAAAAGAAAGAGCUCUACGUAUUGCAUUAUCUUAAAAUAAAUGUGAAUAAUUUUAUUAAUGUGAAUAUAAUGUUUACUUGAAGAUUGAUUGCAAUGAAAAUAAUUAAUUAUUGUUCUUAUGUACUAUACUUAUGAUGAGUGAACAUCAAAGAUUAUUGGAACACUUAGAAAAAGUUGAAAAUAAAGCUGGCGAAAUUCUCACUGAUCGCAAAGAAAUAAUUGCUCUGGAUAAGAGAAGAAAUGAUGAUCGCAUUGGAAUAAGGGCACUACAAAAAC